AUGAUGAAAAAUAGAUUGUCUUUUGUUCUUAGUGGUUUUUCGGGUGGAAGAGGCUCGCGCAAGAAAAAACUGUGCCCAUCGAGUUUGAGACAAAGUCAGGAAGUUCUAGAAGUAGAUGAUGAGCCCCUAGUUGGUCAACAAGCACCUCUAUUUCCACUAAGUACGGCAGUGAGUAACAUUACUUACAUCUAUGUGUAUGUCUGGGGUUAUAUGGUGGUGUAUUGUAGGAUUGUUAUGAAUUGGUUGAAUAGAUUCUAUAGGUGCACCGUCACCUUGACUAGCGUGGGUUAUGGUGAGUUGGUAGUCAAAAAGAAAUUGUCUCAUGUUCUUUGUGGUUGCUCGAGUGAAAGAGAGAAAACUGCGAGUUUGAGGCAAAGUCAAGAAGUUCAAGAUGUAAAUAAUGAAUCACCAGUUAAUCAACAAGCACCUCUAUUUCCACUGAGUACGGCAAUGCUUCGGUUACAACAGUUGGGUAAUUGUAUCACCAUUUCAAAACAACAAGGGGAAAGUGUUUUGUAG